AUGGCAGACGAAGAACUAUCUAUAGGAGUGCGGAUCUUCGUUUCUUUUCUCAUAGCCUUUGGUAUUUGUGGUCUGGUUUUGUUGAUGAUAAAAGACAAUUCUGGCAAAAUCCCGGUGCCGAAAAUAGAGUUAGCUUCAAUGGAUUUCACGGUGCAAAAUAUUACAAUGACUCGUCUUAAUGCAAAAUGGGAUUUGUCGAUAAGGAUCCCUGAUGAUCUUCCUGGUAAGUAUAUAUGUCUUCAAGGAGACCUUGAAGCUUCCUUGCUUUACAAGAAUGUCACUCUUGCUACCUCAUCCCCACAAAAAUACUACAAUCUCAAAUACUUCAAUCCUCAGCUUCUUAAGAUUUCAGCUAAUGUUUCCGAAGUAGAUAUUGGCGGUUUGAUUGGAAAAAAUAUUAUUAACGAUGUCAAAGAGAGGAAAGAAGUACACUUCGGAUCGCGAUUUUCUCUCACGGAUUGUAGAGAAAAAACGACAGGAGUUAUGAGUUAUGAGUGUGACGAAGCCACCUUGCGGUUCGAGCCAAGCUCUGAGAUGAAGGCGACAAUGUUUGGGGACCAUCCAAACUGCAUCAAUGUUUGACCAAAGUCCAUGUCAUCACCAUGCCAGUUCAUUGUUAUAUUUUGGCGUCAAUGUUAAUUUGACUCGGAGAGUGGGGAAACAUAAACGAGAGAAGUUGGGUCGUGUAGGUACAUAAUGGGCCGACAAUAACAAACGCUAAAACUAAAAUGUGUGAAAAUGCCAAUAUUUGGGCCCAAAAGAUAAGAAAACUGGAAAGGAAGUAAAAGUGUACGUAGGAUUAAUU